CUCAUCAUCUCAUUCAUCCAUUACCAUCGUAUCGACCAUGUCUUACCCACCAUUUGGCACCUCUUCAGCAUACAAUGACUCAUUUCCUACUCCUCCACCUCGACAAGUGACCAUAUCAGCCGAGACGUGCUAUCAGAUGGGAGCCUUCAAGAAUAUGGUCAAACAGUAUCGCCGAUUGGAUGAUCAAAUUAUAACUAGAUUGAAUCGAGCUCAAGCUCAACUAAGAGAUCAAUCGAGGAUAUCUGGUUCAGAGCAGUCAUCUGAUAUGCAGGGCAUGUGUCUCAAUCUGUGGCACGAGAUGAUGGCCGGCUGGGCACAUCGGCAAACCAUGCUUUCAUUCUGCCUUCAGACUGUCGCUAGAUCCAUGGAGGGAAAGCGUCCAGUAGAGCCAGUGGCGUCUACACCGGCAUUUUCCUCACCAAUGCAUGGCGCUUCGGCCCGAGGAUGGGCAGAAGAAGAAGUGCUUGCGAAUCAGCUCGGCAACGAAGAAUCUAUCGAGGCAAUUAUCCGGAAACGAUCUCUAGACGCAUUCAAAUCUCGUUGUCCAUUCUUCCAUCCACCAGACAACACAGGCAAAGAAUGGUGGAACUUGGCGGAUAGUGGCAUGUCAGGUCGAGGACCAGACGUACAGAGUUCAUGAUGCAUUAUGGUACAAC